UUCACUCUAAGCGUUGUCUAUUACAAAAAAUGGCAUCCUCAAAAUUGAUUUUGGUAUGCGCCGUUUUGGCCGCCCUAUCGGUAUCCACUUCUGCUGGACUUUUGGAUUCUAUCUUCCCCACCAUUAUGCAAGAAUACUAUAGCUUUGCCCCAAGCAAAGAAGGCUAUCGUUUCAACUUGGACGAACCCAAUGGCAGCAAACGUGAGGAAAUCGGUAUGAUUAUGAACCCUGGCACCCCUGAAGAGGAAUUGGUGGUCAUGGGUACCUACACCGUGUAUGAUGAAAAGACUGACACCGAAACCGUUACCAUGUACACUGCCGACAAAGAUGGUUACAAAUCUCGUUACAUGUUGAAGAAUCGCAAAUUGGCCCCCGGCUCUUUGAAAUCAUUGGCUGGUUAAUUUGUGUUCACAAAUCGAUCGAUCAGUUGGUGUUUAGUAUUUUCUUUUAUUUUUUUGCUUUUUUUUUUGUUUUAUUAUUUUUCUUUUCGAGAUUAUGAUGAUGAGAUUGUUAAAAGUUAAUAAACUUAAUUUUUUUAUUUCUAUUUUAUUUAAA